AUGGCAUCCAAGGACUUGAAAACAUUGAAGGCAAGGCUUAGAGGACUUCGUGCAACUUUUAGUAACAUCCGUCGGUUCGUAAGUGACUUCAAAUCAGAUGUGACAACAAAUCAAAUCAAUGUUCGGGUUUCGCGUCUGGAUGAGUUGUGGCAAUCAAUCAACGAGACUUGUUGGGAUAUUCAAGCGCAGGAGGAAUUUGAGGAAAGUGAAGUUUUCUUGAAGGAGCAAGCGGACUUCGAAUCCAACUUUUAUGACGUCAAAUCAUUCUUGUUGGAUAAGUUGAACGAACUGAGCGGUGUCGAUCCUCAAAAUCAAACCGUUCGAGUAGAUGAUGGUUCGUUUCAUGGUGUGGUGGAUCAUGUUCGUCUGCCGCAAAUUAAGCUACAGUGUUUCGACGGCAAUAUUGAUGAGUGGCUCAGCUUCAGGGACAUCUACACAUCCCUGAUUCACUAUAAGGCAGAUCUACCUCCUGUUGAGAAGUUCCACUAUCUCAAGGGUUGCCUUGGCGGAGAGGCAAAGGCGCUUCUCGACCCUCUCAAGAUCACUGCGGCCUACUACCAAAUUGCGUGGGAUACGUUGCUUAAACGUUACAAUAACAGCAAGCUUCUGAGGAAAAGGCAAGUGCAGGCGUUGCUAAAACUGCCAUCUCUUGCUAAAGAAUCUGUCGGGGAACUACAACGACUGGUAGAAGGUUUCGAUAGGGCUGUUCAAAACCUGGAUCAGGUAGUUGAGGCUGCUGAGUACAAGGAUUUGUUGUUAGUAGAACUCCUCAGCUCUAGAUUGGAUCCUACAACCCGGCGUGGUUGGGAGGAACACGCGUCUGCUAAAGACAAGGACACCGUCAAGGAAUUACUCGACUUUCUUCAACGGCGUAUCCAUAUUUUGGAAUCAUUGCCAGCGAAACCAGAGAUGAAACGGGACUCUACGUCACAGGAAAAACGGAAACCUUUCUUCCAAAGAACGAGCCAUAAUGCGAUACAGUCCAACAGUGCGAAAUGUCCAUCCUGUUCAGAAGUCCACGGAUUGCACAUCUGCCCCGAUUUCCUGAAGUUACCGAUGUCCAACAGGGAAUCUUUUCUGCGUAGCUAUUCUCUAUGUCGAAACUGCUUGAAGGGAGGUCACAUUGCGAGAGAUUGUUCUUCGAAAUACAGUUGUCGAAAGUGCAGAGCCAGGCACCAUACCGUAAUGUGCUUCAAAUCCGACGAACGUAGUUCGAACCACAGUUCAACUGAAGCUGGAAACUCGACUGAAGGCGCUAAGCAAGGUCCACCAGCUUCAGAUCCACAGACGUCAUUGAGAACAAUGUCUUCUAACAUGGCUAAGGUGUCGUCCUCUCAAAUACUCCUAGCAACGGCAAUUGUUCUUGUUGAAGACGACCAAGGAUCACGCUAUCCUGCUCGCGCACUACUAGACUCGGGCUCCGAAUGCAAUUUCAUUUCGGAAAGCCUGAGUAGGUUGAUGAAGAUCUCUGCGAAGAAGGUCGACAUUUCAAUCCAAGGAGUUGGUCAAACCAAUACGAGAGUCACACGGAAGAUUGAAGCUACAGUCAAGUCUCGAACCUCGGAAUACUCAAGGUCUAUGGAGUUCCUGAUUCUGCCGAACGUUACAGCUUGCUUGCCUACAGCUACUGUCAAGAUCAAUGGGUGGAAUCUACCACAAGAAGUCGAGCUAGCGGAUCCGGAGUUCUUUCGCUCUCGAAAGGUGGAUAUCGUUCUGGGAAUCCAAGCCUUCUUCAGUUUCUUCCAGUCGGGGAAGGAAAUAUCGUUGGGCCAGGGGCUGCCCACACUCACCGAAUCAGUUUUCGGGUGGAUCGUAUCCGGAGAAAUCUUCGCACCGGUGGAUGGUGCAGUUCAAGGUCGACUCUCCUGCAAUAUCGCUAUUUCGGAAAACUUGGUGGAAAUAUUGACACGGUUUUGGUCCUGUGAGGAAGUAGGAACCGUCAAUAGCUAUUCGCCGGAGGAAACGCGCUGUGAGGAGCAGUUUGUGCGUACAGUGCGAAGGGAAGCAGAUGGUCGCUACACCGUUACUCUUCCCAAGGACGAGCAGAUCCUGCGACAGCUCGGAGAAUCAAGGGAAAUAGCAGAGAAACGACUGCGGAGUGUGGAACGACGGUUGUCAAGAAACCCGGAACUUCAAGGGCAGUAUAACGAUUUCAUGGCCGAAUACUUGGAACUUGGCCAUAUGCGGAUGGUGGAGGACAGCAACGACGCAGUCCAACGAGUCUACUUACCACAUCAUCCGGUAAUCAAGGAAUCAAGCACCACAACCAAGGUCAGGGUGGUGUUCGACGCGUCCUGCAAGACGUCUACAGGCACCUCGCUAAACGAUGCGCUGUUUGCAGGACCUAUAGUGCAACAGGAUCUACGAUCGAUCAUCCUACGGAGUCGAAUACGACAGGUUAUGGUAGUCUCCGACGUGGAAAAGAUGUUUCGCCAAAUUUGGAUCAACGAACGCGACACACCUCUACAGUGUAUUCUAUGGUUUGGACCGGACAACGAAAUAGUCACCUACGAGCUAAUCACGGUCACAUAUGGUACAAAAUCUGCACCGUUUCUAGCUACUCGCACCCUCAAACAGUUGGCGGAAGAUGAACGAGGGAACUUUCCAUUGGCUGCGAAAGCCAUUGACGAGGAUGUCUACAUGGAUGAUGUCAUUUCCGGUGCAGACGACGUGGAGUCUGCUAUCGUUCUACGUUGCCAGUUCGAUGCCAUGCUGCUAAGCGGAGGAUUUCGAUUGAGGAAAUGGGCGUCGAAUCGUCCAGAAGUUUUGAAGGAUAUCCCCAAGGAGGACUUGGCCCUACCUACUGCUGAUGGAAUCGAUUGGGACCAAGACGCUGAAGUCAAAACGUUGGGACUGACUUGGCUUCCCAACGCAGACUGUUUCAAGUUUCAAUUCAUCAUUCCACCGUUCGUUGAAGGACAACAUUUAACGAAACGAAACGUGCUAAGUAUCGUUGCGAAACUAUUCGAUCCUCUAGGGCUGCUGGGUGCGACUAUCACGACUGCGAAGGUCUUUAUGCAGCACCUAUGGACUCUGGAAAAUGAGAAGGAUCGGAAACUAGCCUGGGAUGAUCAACUGCCUCAAACGGUGGGCGAGGAAUGGCGAAAAUACCACGAACAACUUCCGCUUUUGAAUACGAUCCAAGUUCCGCGAUGCGUUAUUACACCUGGAGCUCGAUCAGUAGAGUUCCACUGUUUCUGUGACGCGUCGAUGGUAGCCUACGGUGCAACAGUCUACGUGCGCAGCGAGAACCAAUAUGGCACAGUUUCCGUCCAUCUACUUACUUCGAAAUCGAAGAUUGCACCCCUAAAGACCCAGUCUCUGCCGCGGUUGGAAUUGUGUGGAGCACUUCUGUCUGCGCAGCUCUGGGAAAAGGUGUCGAACGCUGUGAAAUUGGAUGCCAACGUUUACUUCUGGACAGAUUCAACAUGCGUGCUGCAGUGGAUCAAAUCUGCACCUGGAACCUGGACUACGUUCGUGGCAAAUAGGGUCGCCAAAAUCCAAGCCAUAACGGAAGGUUGCAACUGGGCUCACGUGUCUGGUAAAACUAAUCCAGCAGAUCUCAUUUCUCGUGGAAUCCUUCCAAACGAAAUCCUAGAAAACGAACUUUGGUGGAGUGGACCCAACUGGCUUAAAACACCCAAGCAUCAAUGGAAGGCAAGUCCAAUCCCGGAUCAAACCCCUCUGGAAAUGCGGAAAACGUUCGCUACUUGCACCGCUAAGGAGAAUUCGUUCGUUUCGGAUUUUGUAGAAAGGUUUUCGGAUUACAACAAACUUAUUCGAACUACUGCUUACUGGCUACGACUAAUUGCGAAACUGAAUCACGGCAAUACAUGUAAGGAAGGUUUUCUAACCACUGGAGAGCUGCAACAGGCAGAGGCGUUGCUCAUUAGGAAGGUUCAGGACGAAUACUUCUCCAAGGAAAUCAAGGCGUUGCAUGAAGGUUGUGCAGUAGGUCGAAAUUCGCCGUUGUGCUGGUUCUAUCCCCGAAUCACUGAAGACGGAGUCCUGCGCGUUGGUGGGCGACUAAAGCACUCCAGCAGCUCGGAGUCAGCGAAGCACCCGAUGAUCUUACAGGCGAAACACCAUCUAACCGAGCUGAUCUUCCAAUUUUAUCAUCUAAAGAUGCUCCAUGCCGGGCCACAGCUCCUUCUCGCUACCGUACGACAACGUUUUUGGCCUCUCGGUGGCAGGAACGGUGCCAGGAAGAUUGUUCAUCGUUGUCAACGUUGCUUUCGGGCAAAACCUUCUCGCAUCGAACAACAAAUGGGGGAGCUUCCUUCUUCCAGAGUAACCGUUGCAAGACCAUUCUCCAGGACUGGGGUCGAUUACUUCGGUCCUGUUUACAUCAAGGCUGGAAGACGUCGAGCAGCGAUCAAGUCCUAUGUUGCAGUCUUUGUAUGUAUGGCCACGAAGGCCGUCCACUUGGAGCAUGUCUCCGAUCUUUCAACCGAGUGUUUUCUCCAAGCACUGCGACGGUUCUUCGCACGACGUGGAAGGUGUACCGAUAUUUACUCGGACAAUGGUACUAAUUUCGUGGGAGCUAAAAAUAGAAUGAUCGAAUUAUACGAUUUGCUACGAAAUCAAGCCCACCGUGAAGCCGUUACCAAUGAAUGCUGUGGAGAAGGCGUACAGUGGCACUUCAUACCACCCGGAGCGCCCCACUUUGGCGGCUUAUGGGAGGCGGCUGUUCGAUCGACCAAAUAUCACCUUCUUCGUGUACUUGGCGAAAAUGCGGUGUCUGCUGAAGAUUUCCGCACCUUGCUGGUCCAGGUCGAAGGAUGCCUGAAUUCUCGGCCACUAACACCCAUCACCGAUGACCCAACAGAUCUUGAACCGUUGACACCUGCUCAUUUUCUCACUGGUGGGCCACUACAAGCAUUACCAGACCCAGAUCUUGCAUCAAUCCAGCUUAACCGUCUAAAUCGUUGGCAGCUAGUUCAACGUCAGCUGCAAGAUUUCUGGAGACGAUGGAGUACGGAAUAUUUAUCGCAGUUGCAGGCACGGAACAAGAAUUGGAAGCCUGCUGUUGACAUCGCUGCAGGUAGUCUUUGUGUCAUCGUUGACAGCCUACAACCACCAAUGAAAUGGAAGAUGGGGCGAAUAAUCCAGCUUCAUCCAGGAGCCGAUGGUGUGACUAGGGUAGUUACACUGAAGACCGCCACUGGAACCAUGAAACGAGCAGUCACCAAAAUUUGUCUAUUACCAAAUCAGGAUUGA